ACUCUCUAUAUUUUUCCUUUCCCAUAAUAACAACAACAAACUUUCCGUUAGCCGGUAUAGGGAUGGCGACGGAGAGGAACGCCGGCGGAAUGGAAGCCGGAUUGCUUAUAAAACAUAAUAAUGAGAAUAAUAAUGAAGAUAGAUUGAUAACAUAUGUGGCGGAGAUGAAGAAAUUAGGAUAUGUUGCAGGUCCGAUGGUGGCGGUGACGUUAUCACAGUAUUUGUUACAGGUUAUAUCUGUAAUGAUGGUUGGUCAUUUAGGUGAACUUUCUCUCUCUAGUACCUCCAUCGCUAUUUCUCUCUCUAGCGUUACCGGCUUUAGCCUUAUUUUGGGGAUGUCGAGUGCACUGGAAACUUUAUGUGGACAGGCUUACGGAGCUCAGCAAUACAAAAAAGUUGGAACCCUGACCUACACUGCUAUUGUUUCUCUUUUAAUUGUUUGCAUCCCCCUUUCUAUUUUUUGGAGAUAUACAGGAGAUUUACUCAUUCUAACUGGCCAAAGCCCUUCGAUUUCACAUGAAGCUGGAAAAUUCAUUACUUACCUAAUUCCUGCACUUUUUGCUUCCGCGAUUCUUCAACCACUUGUUCGAUAUUUCCAAAUGCAAAGUAUGCUAUUACCAAUGCUUGCUAGCUCAGCUGUUGCUCUGUGCGUACAUAUUCCUCUUUGCUGGGCCCUUGUGUAUAAAACUGGAUUGGGGAACAUUGGAGGAGCAAUAUCUAUGGGAGUUGCUAUGUGGUCAAAUGCCAUCUUUCUCUUAUUUUACAUGGUGUACUCCUCCGCUUGUGCAAAAACUCGUUCUCCCAUCACACUUGAAGUGUUUCAUGGGAUGAGACUAUUCUUCAGCUUUGCAGUUCCAUCAGCUGUCAUGAUUUGCCUCGAAUGGUGGUCGUAUGAGUUUCUGAUAUUGCUAUCUGGGCUUCUGCCAAAUCCGGAGCUUGAGACUUCAGUUCUUUCAAUAUGCCUCAAUACUAUUGCUACUCUGUAUGCGAUACCAUAUGGAUUUGCUGCAGCUGUUAGUACCAGAGUCUCAAAUGAACUUGGAGCAGGGAACCCGAGAGGGGCUCGUGUGGCAGUCAAAGCCAUCAUGAUCCUUGCAGUUAUUGAGACAACUAUAGUCAGCACGAUUGUUUUUGUCAAUAGACACAUUUUUGGGUACAUUUUCACUAACGAGAAGGAAGUUGUCGAUUAUGUUACAAGAAUUGCCCCCUUUCUCUGCUUAAACAUUAUAAUGGAUAGUCUACAGGGAACACUUUCAGGUGUUGCAAGGGGCGUGGGUUGGCAACAUCUAGGGGCAUAUGCAAAUCUGGCGGCAUUCUAUCUUGUUGGAAUCCCAGUUGCUGCCUAUCUGGGCUUCUGCACAUCACUUAGAGGGGAGGGCUUAUGGCUUGGAAUAUUAGUAGGUGCCACGAUACAAGUUUUUCUACUUUCAGUAGUAACAAUUUCUACAAAUUAUGAAAAACAGGUAACGAAGGCGAGGGAGAGGUUAUUUGAGGAAGAAGGUUCAACGGAAGAUAGAUUAAUGUGAAGCCACUUCAUUAGUACUUCUCUGCAAAUUAUAAUUCACUCAAUCUAGCCAAAUCCUAUAUAUUAACCAUACUAAAAUGUUUUAGGAUUCUGGGUCCAUACACGAUUUUACAGUUGUCAAAGUGCGAGUUUCACCCAGCAUUUAGCUCCUCGGCAGAGUUUUAGUAUAAUUUCAAUAGUUGUGCACGCUUUAUAUCUUUGUAUUUGGUUACUGUGGUUGUAUAAUUACUUACAUUCAAACUUUUGGCAAAUAUUAUGCUGUUGUUAACAGGCAAAA